AAAAAAUUGGCGUUGCCUUCCCGUCAUACAGCACUAGCGUGCCGUUCGGACCCUCCAGAUCUUGCACGUGCACUUGUUGGUCUUCAGCGAGUGACCGUACUACAUAAAUUCAGUGGAAAGGUGGUUAGGCUUCCUCAAAGCAUUCAGAAACCAUGUCACCUAGCGCAUACGUUCCGGACCAUAUCGGUAGAUGGGUUGUGCGCAAGCCAGCCAUCCUUGAUGGCUGGACUUAUAAUCAGCUCACUUUACCUCGUGCUCAACUACCCGCCGACAAGAAGUGUUUCAAUGUUCGGCCACUCGCUCCAGUCAUCCAGGAGUUCCAGCAGCUCAUAGAGGAUGACCCGGAACUCUUCAUGUACUUCCACACGAUGUUUGAUGAAGUCCGCCGACCAAACGGUGACCUAGAUCAUGUUAACGAUUAUAAGGAGUUAAUGAAGACCCUCGACCGUAUCAUCACUCAGGCGCCCAAAUUCGGCGGUGCCAAUAACCUUGUCAUGGGUGUUCCCAUGUAUGCUGUCCUCGCUCCGUUUUGCAACACUCCAUCUGGUUACAACAUCUUCACCAAUCCAAAAGUGAACGCCCAACUUCACAAAAUCUUCGACGUCUGGGCUGCAUUCCUCGUCUCUCCCGAAUCUCGUUACGUUCUUACUACGAACGAGCAAUGCUGGUUUAGCCCCAUUGCCAUAGACGUCAUGUCGGAGAGACUUGGGACGAGUUUCUAUGAUGCGUGGGUUUGCAGAGACAGCAACCCUCGGAAUCACUACGGCUUCACGUCCUGGGACGAUUUUUUUACCAGACGUUUCCGGCCUCACAUGCGCCGAGUCAUCGAUCCUGAUAAUUCGAAUCUAAUCACUGCCGCAUGCGAGGCACACGUUCACACGAUCCAGUCCAACGUUCGAGCCGUGGACAAGUUUUGGAUCAAGGGGAAUUCGUACUCGCUCUCCCACAUGUUUAACCACGACCCCUUUACACCGCUGUUCGUAGGCGGCACGGUUUAUCAGGGAAUUUUAAGUUCUCUCGAUUAUCAUCGUUGGCACAGUCCCGUGGAUGGAAUAGUUCGGAACACUCGCCUCAUCCCGGGCAUGUAUUAUGCCGCACGUUUGGACAAUGACCCCGAUCCAGACGUCGUCUCUCGCUCCCAAGACUUUGUAACGGCGAUCGCUGCGCGUGCUUUGAUCUUCAUCGAAUCGGACAAUCCAGUGAUUGGACUGAUGUGCUUCGUCGCGGUUGGGCUCGGGGAAGUAUCUACGUGCGCGGUUACGGUGAAGGAGGGAGACAGACUGAAGAAGGGGGAUGAGCUUGGGUCAUUCCAUUUCGGUGGCUCCACGCACUGUCUCGUCUUUCGCCCACAGACGCCUUUGAAACCGUUCCCUCAUCUACAGCCGGGGACUGUGCAUAACGUUAACAGUAAUAUUUUCUACAUCGAAAACGGAACUGAGAUGGACUAACCACAUAACUCUCGCAACGUGGACGAUUUUUUAUCUAUCCAU